GUCAGCCUAGGACCUUAUCUGGUUGUCGAGUCCUGUCAACACAAGGCAUUACAAGGCAAUUACGAAUUUGUUUAUGGCUUGGAAUCUUCUCGAAGACUUGCCAUUCGCCACAAUACUCGUAGAUCUAUCUUGCCCAGCAGGAGUAGACAAGGAAAAUGAAUAUUCGUGACCUUAUGGGCACAGGGAAAAAAUUUUUCAAAUCUGAUUCAAUUCAAAGGGAAAUCGAGAUUUGUAAAACAAGCCUUACAAUUAGCAAAGCCAUUAAGGAAUGCUUCUGAUUUCCUGAAAUUCCAAGAGAGAAAUGGCUCUCAGGAUCCCUCUUUCAACAAAAGAACGUUCACUGGAUCUUUAUGGUUUAUAUACUGGUUAUCAACGCGUCUUAAAUUCUAUUUAUUGUAGAUUUCGUGGCCAAAUUAGUGAUUAUACUUUUCAAAACUAACAUCAAAACGCCCACUUCAAAUUAAUCCACUGUAAAUUAAUGUAACCGACUUGUGUAAUAGCGUAAUUAAAUAUACUUGUCAUGCCAAAUUCGAAUUGAGUUUAAAAGCCGGAAAAACCAUCCGCUUAGUUUGAGAUCCGAUCUAGCCCUAAAAUGACGCAUUUCUUGGCACAAUUUUUAUUGCUCACGGUAUCUGCGGCUUUGGUAAAAGCAGUGGAGGUGCGACUUGAAACCCUGGAGUGUUUAGCUGGAGACGAGGAAACAUUGGUAUUUUUCGACUUGAAACUAAUCGGAAGGGAGCGCCGGUUAAAUGGAACAAUAAGAUUUUUGAUAGACUUAGACGAUAGUGUGGAUUCCAAUGGAGAGCUCUGGACUUUCAAAAACGGAGACUGGGUGAAGUCCAAUCUCAAGCAGCAGGGCAAAAGUUGCCGCAUCUUCAAUACAUUCGUGAUUCAUUACUUCCAAGAUGCCCUACAAAAAACCGAGUUUCCUGAUCCUCCGUGCCCAUUGUCGAAGGGAGAGUAUCCUAUAAGGAACCUAAAAUUAAAUGGCGAUUCCUGGCCACCGUAUUUAGGUCGAGGGUUGACAAAAGUCAAGUUUACUUUUCAUAAGAAUGGAAAAAUGGUUGGAGGUAUUAUUUUUUCAAUGAACCUAAUUGAUGAAAACAUUUGAAACACAUUUAAUUAAAACUAAAAUAAAUUUAAAUUGGUCU